CACAGACUCUUGCUGUGAGUGAGACUCAGUUUGCAGAGAGAACUUCUCAUAAUGUUUGGUUUUCCGGAUGGAAUGUCCACAUCACCGGGGAAACGGCGUAUUCCGAGGGUUUUAGAGAAGGAAAAAGAACGGCUUCUUUGUCCAGACUCAAGCUCUAGUUAAGGAGAAAAAGAUACUACAAAACCAAGACUUACAAAACAUGAAGACAAAAUAUCAACUCUAAAAGAGGACGUAACCAAGCUGGAGGCUUUUGCACUGCUGCUUGCAACAAAGCAACAACAUUAAGUGUUGUGGUAGACGAGCAGACAUAAAAUCAAGGUCUUGACCGUCGCCAUUUAUAUCAAGAAGGGACUUUACACUGAUCAACCUAAAUUACCAAUUUCCAUGGCAGCCCCGAGCCUGUUGACAGAGGUGGAAGCGCUGAGGAGGAGGGUGGUGGAAAUGGAGGGGAAGGACGAAGAGCUGACACGGAUGGCGGAUCAGUGUCGAGACCUUGACCGCAGACUAGCAAACGAGACCAGGAACUGCCGUGGUUUAAAGUUUGAUGUGGAUAAGCUACACGGCAGAAUCUGUGAAAUGGAGAGGAUGGAGGAGGCUUUGGGCAAAACCAAACAAGAAUGUGCUAUUCUGAAGAGAACCUUGGAGAAAGAGAGAGAGUUCAGCAAGACCAUCUCUGGGGAGCUCGAAGAUCUUAGAAUUAGGGUGAGAGAGCUAGAGGCUGUUGAGGGUCGACUAGAAACAAGUGAAAUGAUUGUCAGACAAGACCUGGGCAAGCUCCGAGCGCUGACCGCGGCUCUGGUGGAGGACAGAAAGAGUAUGGCAGAGAAGCUCCGACAGGCAGAGGAAAAAAUGAGUAAGAAGGAGAGCAAGAAAAAUGAGCAUGGUAAUUUGGCAAUGAUGACAGAGAGGCUGAGAGAGGAAAGGCAGCUGGCACUAAGAUCUAAGGCAGAUUUAGAAGAGAAGAUUAGGGACAUAAUAAAGGAAAAGGAUGAGCUCCGAGACAGACUAAAAACAGAGGAGGAGAGGAACAGGGAGCUACAGAGUAAAAUAACCACAAUGAAGAAAAAGUUAAACCUCUUUGAGAACAGGAAAGAAAAAGAAGAGAAGUGCACGAGCAACGCUGCCCAUUUGUGCCAAACGGAGGACAACAAAGUUAAAGAGCUGACUAAAGAGCUUGAUGAGCUCCAGAAGAGACUCCAGAACAAGGAGGUCUUGGAGGCAGAACUGCUGAAGGUUGAGGAAGAUUUCGAGGCCCUAGAAAGGAGACUGAAUGAUGAAAGGAGGAGGUCACAAUCUUUAAGAGAAGAGCUAGAGGAGGCAAAGAAGGAGCUUUCCAGCUUCAAGCAUGGAGAAAAAGAGGAGGUGAACAAGGAGCACCUUCUUCUUUGCCAUCUUCAGAAAGAGCAAGUCAAAUCCAGACUCCUAACCAGAGAGGUAGAUACCCUAAAGGAGAAACUCCAGAAGUUGAUGGGGACAGAGGAGUCAAUCUGCAAGGUCCAGAUGGAUCAGUCAACAUUGCAGAAAAAAUUGGCCCAGCAGGAAGCUAAGAACAAAGAGCUGGCCCAGCACAUGGAGAAACUGACGAGUGAGCUCAACAGUUACAGACAAAUCAAGAACUGGACAUCUGGUGCCAAUAAACACUUCUCAGACCUCCACCAGACCACCAAAGAAGUACAAACUGAACCUGAAGAAAACCUUGUUUCCAACCACAACACGCACAGCGAGAGAUUGAGUCAAGAAAACACCGACAAGCGUCUAAACCACAAGGCCGAGGUCACAAAUAAAGAAGGCACACUAGUCAGCAGCGUCGACAGCUUCAACACUGCAGCCGUGAGCAGCCAUUCAGAGGCGGAUAUGCACCAGGCCGUUAACGGAGAGGUGAUGAUGCUUACCCACACACCUGGGCAGCCAUUGCAGAUUAAAGUCACGCCACAUCACAUGAUCAGCACAGCCACACUCGAGAUUACCAGCCCUUCUGGAGACACCAGCACCGCCGCCAUCCCAACGAGUGGGGCAUCCUCAAAGCAGAGAAUUACCAUCAUUCAGAGCUCAGGUUCACCCGUGGCCAAUCCUAAAAGCCCCUCUUCAAGUCCUGACCGCACCCUCUCCCCAGUCAAUGGAACGCCCAUCUCUCGAGUUUUAAGCUCAAAAUCGUCCCGCUCUGUCACACCAGACAACAAUAAUUCACCCAUUCAGAUUGUCACGGUCAGGACGUGCUCUCCUGAGCCAACAGAAGUUGCAAAUCCGGCGAUCUUCUGCAAGACUCCCGAGAGGGCCAACAGCUGGCAGCGCCAAAUGUCCAACAGCAGUGACACAAGUCCCAGUAUCAUCACAACAGAGGACAGCAAGAUCCACAUCCAUCUGGGGACGCCCUACAGCCCCCCUCUGAAUAGUAUGGCUCAAAGCAUGCCACCGCCUGUUGGGCCGUACUACCUUCGGCACGAGCAAAGGACUCAAGUAAUCGCCAACGGAUGCAACGUGAAAGGUGUUGGCAAGAUCACAAGCAGCAUCACUAUAUCCCCCGCUAACGCUCACGCAUCACACUCAAACAUCACCGUUAGUGGACUUUGUGAUUAGCAGCAAACAAGGAAUUGAAUGCCCAAAUUUGUUUUGAGUUUAUUCUCAUAUAACCUUUCAUAGUCUCCCAGAAGUGCCUUUGUUAAGCCCAUUUACUGCUAUUUAGAACCUUUACAAAUAUUUUAAUUGCAUUUUGUACACCUCUCGGUAACUAAUCGUGUAAUGCAAUUAUUGUAAUUCCGUGUUUCAUUAACAAUUAUUUUCUUGCAAAUUAAAAGUUUGUUCUUUGCAUUCAUUCUGUGAGCACUUUUUGAGAUACUGGGAAGCUUUUUAGUUCAAUACAGAACAAAGUCAGCCAAGUUAACCAGGUAAAAAAAAGGUAACUUAAAGCAUCUUUAUUAAAUAUACAACAGGAGGAAAAGUGUCAUAUUUGCUGUGUACAAUUUAAUCUUUCACUGACUCUCACAUAUCUGAAACCAUCAAAUGGAAUAAAAUUGUAUUUUUCCCUUCAUACAUCCAUCAAUCUGGUUUCUACAUCUAUACUGAUGAGGACUGGUCAUGGCUUGGUUACCAGGAUCAAGGGUAUCUGGGUUUAGAAAGGUUAGAGUUUUUGAAACAUUGUAUUUAAAUUAUAAGGUUACUAUAGUUUAAAUCUCCAGAGUGGCCACAGUAUCCUAUAGCUGUUUCAAGCACAGCAUAAACUGCUGGUCAACCGACUGAAAGAAGCAAACCUUUAUGUUGUCUCUUGUUUACAACACUUAUCCACAUGAAUAGGGCCAACAUAACCAGUGCUAUACUGCAAAUAUUUCUGGAAACUACUUGCAUAGGUAAUAGCUUGCCAUGUAUGUUUGUUACCUUAUUCCGUGAUAUGUUGUACAAUUUAGCAUCACUUAAAAAAAACUGUUGCUUAUCUGCUUACAAUAAAAGCUAUUUGAUAGUGUUA